GUUGUGCAACUACGUCAUCAUAUCACUGAGUGAUAGAGGAUCGCCGAAGAAGCAUCCGAGAACAUAUCAAGUACCGUUGUGAAUCAUCAAAAUGGCAAGCACAUCAAAGAAACACAGAGAGUUUACUGGUGAACCUAUGGGUGAUAAACCUGUAACUGAUGUAGCUGGAAUAGGACCUGUUUUAGGUCUAAGGUUAUGUGAAGCUGGUUGUGAUAAGGCUUACGUUUUACUUGGGAAGUUCUUAAUGGUACAUAUGAACGGACACUUGUUUACUCAAUGGUUGAAGGAAACAAUAAAUGCAAACAGCAAACAAGCUACCGAUUGUUACAGGUGUCUGCAAGAAUGGUGUGAUUCAUUUCUUUAAGAACCCAGUAACAAUAUUACAUUAUAAGUACGUUUAUAAUUUGGUGUUGUAAACGUCAUUUUGUAGAACCAUGUAAACAUUACUUACAGCGUAAUUUCACACAUAACUUCCACAACAUUGUGUGAACGUCAUUUAACCAUUUUGUGAUAUGCAUAACCACCGCCGCAACUUUCGCAAACGUUUAAAUACGAUUUGUAUUUCCGAGGAAGAUAAGCACAACGACCAUCGUUGAAGCCUUCGGGCAGAUUGAUUAAUUAUAUUUUACCUGUUUAAUUUUUAUAGCAUUACUUACUAUUUAGAAAAAUAAUUACUAACGCUUGUUCUAAUUUUGAUCUCCAGUACUAAUAACAUUUUAAGGUGAAGUUGUUGUAACUUUGUAGUUAAGACGCCAGAAAUCGAACAACCAACAAUACUGCACUCCCAGGCAUCAUACAGUAAAUGCAUCUGGUCAAAUGAUUAACUUUAUUCUAGUAAAAUAGGCCUUUGGCACUAAAACAAAAUGUUAGUAAGGAGUAAAAAUUCGUACAUAUUGUAGGCAGUGGCGUAACGCCUAUAGUGCCUUUUGUGCGGCGGUCCGCAGGGCCCCGACAAGUAGGGCCCCAGUGACAAAUAUGAACAAAAAACGAGUAUACCUAAAAAAUCCCACAAUUGAAUUGGAGAAUGGGAUGCAAAAAAAAGGCCCCAGUCUCAAUCCACAUGCCCCCAGGCCCAGCGUUACGCCACUGCUGAAUGUGUACCGUAAAUUCUCUAAUAAGCGUCGCUCUCAAAUACGCGACGCACCAUCAAACGUAUGUGUGCAAUGGAAGACUGAGAAACAGGGUUUUAAAUACAAUGUAUACAUUGUUAAAAUGAAUAAGUAACGGUAAGCUUUGUAACACGGCAAUCAUUGCGACAUCGAUUUUCAACUUGAGGUCAGGUUCGAAUCCUCGUGUGUAACUUCAAAACUUGAGAUUGUUACUUAUGCGCAGUGGCCAGUGGCGGUUCCAGAAAUUUGAAAUAGAGGGGGCUUAGAGAGGCCCGUUCACAGAUGGAGGGUAUACUACCUCAGCUCCACAAUGGUUGGGGCUGAGGUAAGAAAACUUAUUACUAUCGCACCUCUAGAUGGCCGGAAAUGACACUCCUAGACUAAAAAUUUGAGAGAAUUUUCAUUUUAUCCCAUUUUUUUUUUUUUUUUGAAAAAUUUAGGAAAGUGGGGAGGGGGUGGGAGGGGCCGGCUGGACACUCUGGUGCGGCGGUCCGCAGGUCCCUACCCAUAAGAUUCUUGAUCCAGCACCCUGUCCCAAGUAGCUUUGUUGAUACAUAACAGCAUAAUGUGUCUUACAUCGACUGUAUACAUUCGGUGCCAACAGAUAUUGAGGGCCCAGUUGUGAGUGCCACUGGCAUUUCCGGCCAUCUAUAGGUGCCAAUAUCAUAAUUAUGAUAUGAUAAAUGUUCUUAUCACAGCCCCUACCAGGGACUGUGAGGCCGUAUAUACCCUCCAUUUGUGAAAGUCCCUCCUUUUGCCCCUCUCUAUUUCAAAUUCCUGGAUACGCAACUGACCCGCGACAAGUACCCCCCAGUCUGAGAUAGCCACAGGGCCCCCGCCUCAGCAUUAAGCCACUGAUUGUAGGCCUACUGCUGAAAUAAUUCCCAAUUUUGUGUAAAUUAAAUCAUUAGACUACUUUUGACUAUUGUUCAGCAACUUGACUUAAGAAACUGUAGUAGAUACAAAAUGUGACAGUAGCUACUGUUAAUAUGGGCGGCCGUUUGGGCCAAAAUAUGUACAUCGGCCUACUUGAUUUUGGGUACGUUUUUGGAAAUGUUUACUUCCGAACAUUUGUCAUAUUCUGUUGUAGAUCAUUUUAAAGGUAAUGCCUGUAGCCUAUUUGCUUUCAAAAAAUGUCUGAUAGAAGUUGAAUAAAGAAAAACAUUAAACUGAUUAAACUUCUGAAAACAGAAAUAUAGACUUGUAUCUUAAUAAAUACAGUAAUUAUCUUCUGCUGUUAUAAAAUCUUUUUGGAAAUAGACGCAGUUGCUCGUUUAUACAGUUUUGUUGUUACGCUGUCAACGUGUGUUUAGCUUUAUGUGAUAAGUAUAUGUAUGGAAUAAACAUCAAUAACAAUUAGUAAUAAAAAAAAA